AUGGCGACGGCGCACAUGCAGCGGCCCUACCCGCCCAUCUACCACCCGCAGUCGUCGGUCGGCCAGCAGGACCAGCAUGGGCGCUCCCUCUACGCCCAACCACCCCUGGGCAUGUACGCUGCCUACCCGCAGUACUCGCCCAUCAGCUCCCUGCCCCCGUACCAGCAGCAGCAGCAGCCUCAGCACCAGCAGCACCAGCAGCACCAGCAACAUCCUCAGCACCAGCACCCCCAGACCCAGGGGCUGAUGAUGUCCCCCGUCUCAGCUCCCAUGCCGCAGAUGCCCCAUCCGCAGCACCACCAGCAGCAGCACCCCCAGCAGCAGCAGCACCAGCACCAGCAGCAGCAGGUCAGCCCGCGCAUGAAGCUCGAGUCGCGCCCGCAGACCUCCUCCUCGCCCGCGACAAACUCCGGCGCAGCGCCAGGGCCCAUACCCGCGACCACGCCCCUCGUCGUCCGGCAGGACACCAACGGCGUGCAGUGGAUAGCCUUCGAGUACUCGCGCGACCGCGUCAAGAUGGAGUACACCAUCCGCUGCGACGUCGAGAACAUCAACAUCGAGACCCUGUCGCAGGACUUCAAGACGGAGAACUGCGUCUACCCUCGCGCCUGCUGCACCAAGGACCAGUACCGCGGCAACAGGCUCGUGUACGAGACCGAGUGCAACGCCGUCGGAUGGGCGCUCGCGGAGCUCAACCCGUGUCUGCGCGGCAAGCGUGGCCUCAUACAGCGCGCCGUCGACAGCUGGCGGAACUCGCACCAGGACCCCCGCCUCCGCAGCAGACGCGUCAAGCGCAUGGCGAAGGCCAACAACCGCAAGGCCGUCGCCCAGCACACCUCGCACCUCGCCUCGCCGCCGCAGCCGCAGCCGCAGCAGACGCCGCAGGCUCCCUUGCCCGGCCUGCCUCCUCACCACCAGCCGCCGCCGCCGCCGCAACAGCAGCAGCAACACCAUCAGCCGCAGCAUCAGGACGGCCAUGCGCACGAGGACGUUAGCGCCCAGUACCGCCAGCCAACAACAUCCUACGACAGACCAGCCCAUGUCUUCCAGGGUGCUUACCCGCCAUACCCUGCAGCAUCGACAGCAACCGCUGCCGAAGCGUCCAAGCGGCAGCCAGAUGAGGACGACCCGAGCCAGAGCCAGACCCAGUCUCAGUUCAGAGACCUGCCCGAGGGCAAGAGACGCAAGUUCAUACUGGUCGAAGACCCGCAGCGCUCGUGCAGGGUGCGCGUCAAGGUCAUGCUCGACCAGGUCGACAUGAAGGAGAUACCAGACUCGUACCGCAAGGCCAACUCCGUCUUCCCGCGCACCUACUUCCCCGUCCACUCUCCCUUUGGCUUGCAGAGGCGGCGCGGCGACCGCUUCCUGGACGAGGACGACGAGGCGGCGCCCGCGGGGACCGUGGUGGCGGGCGAGGACUGCUCCUCCGAGGACGUCACCGUCGGCCGGACGAUGGUGCCUGUGCCCAUGCUCGACGGCGAGGCGAGCGUCGCCGUGCCUCGACUCGCCAGGAAGAAGAGGGACAGGGAGAUGCUCCUGAACGACAUGGGCUAUCGCAUGAGUUGGGGACAGAGCCGGGUCUUUGCUGGCCGGACCCUCUUCCUCCAGCGCUCCAUGGACGCGUACCGCAACAAGAUGCGCAACAGCAUGCUGACGGCCGGCCAUGAGACGAGCGAGAUAGCGCCCUACUUUGAGACGAGAGUAGGCAAGCGACGAUGGCUGGAGAGAGGGAAGAAGUCUUCGUCUGCCGCCGCUGCUGGUGAAGCCACCACUGAAGCUGCUUCUCCUGCUGCGGUCCUCACGACGGCUUCAUCCAGAAGCGCGGAAGAGGUCGAGUGA